AUGGGGCUGUUUGAUCGAGGUGUUCAAAUGCUUUUAACCACCGUUGGUGCUUUCGCUGCCUUCAGUCUGAUGACCAUAGCUGUGGGAACCGACUAUUGGCUCUACUCCAGAGGGGUUUGCAAGACCAAAAGUGUCAGUGAGAAUGAAACCAGCAAAAAGAACGAGGAAGUUAUGACCCAUUCUGGAUUAUGGAGAACCUGCUGCCUAGAAGGGAACUUCAAAGGUCUCUGCAAGCAGAUCGAUCACUUCCCAGAGGACGCAGAUUACGAAGCUGACACAGCAGAAUAUUUCCUCCGGGCCGUGAGAGCCUCGAGCAUUUUCCCAAUCCUGAGUGUGAUUCUGCUUUUCAUGGGUGGACUCUGCAUUGCGGCCAGCGAGUUCUACAAGACUCGACACAACAUCAUCCUGAGUGCCGGCAUCUUCUUCGUGUCUGCAGGUCUGAGUAACAUCAUUGGCAUCAUAGUGUACAUAUCGGCCAAUGCCGGAGACCCCUCCAAGAGCGACUCCAAAAAGAAUAGUUACUCGUACGGCUGGUCCUUCUACUUCGGGGCCCUGUCCUUCAUCAUCGCCGAGAUGGUCGGGGUGCUGGCCGUGCACAUGUUUAUCGACCGGCACAAACAGCUGCGGGCCACGGCCCGCGCCACGGACUACCUCCAGGCCUCGGCCAUCACCCGCAUCCCCAGCUACCGCUACCGCUACCAGCGCCGCAGCCGCUCCAGCUCCCGCUCCACCGAGCCCUCGCACUCCAGGGACGCCUCCCCCGUGGGCAUCAAGGGCUUCAACACCCUGCCGUCCACGGAGAUCUCCAUGUACACCCUCAGCAGGGACCCCCUGAAGGCCGCCACCACGCCCACCGCCACCUACAACUCCGACAGGGAUAACAGCUUCCUCCAAGUCCACAACUGUAUCCAGAAGGAGAACAAAGACUCUCUCCACUCCAACACAGCCAACCGCCGGACCACCCCCGUGUGA